AUGCUCAUCGGAAUUUGCGGAGGUAUAUGCUCAGGCAAGAAUUCCGUUCUCGACUAUCUUGUGCAACGUCACAACUUCCAAGUCCUCACACUGUCCCGAAGUACUACGACACCAAGUGUAGAAAAGUCUGCUUCAGAAGCACACGUCCCAUCGAACCACCUCCAUCCCGGCACAACUUUUACCAAAAUCGAGGACCUUCUCGACUAUGCCACAAAAUACUGGCAAGAGAAUUUCGUCACGACUUCAAUACACGAUGAGUCAGUCCUUGAUGUCUUGACAAGGCGCCCGUUCUUCAUUCUUGUCCACGUAGACGCACCAAUUUCAACGCGCUGGGCACGUUUCACCAACAAAUGCAUCCAAGCGAGCUUGACUCCUCCGACGCUCGAACAAUUCGUCAUCCGCAACGAUGCACAUCUCUACGACACAUCGACAAACCUCGCAACAGUAGCAAGCAGAGCCCAGAUAAAACUCCUAAACUCAACUCCGUCAUUACCAAAACUCUGGGCAUCACUCGAUGCCCUCAACCUCACAGACCCGAGCAGAAUCCGUCCAGCAUGGGACCACUACUUCAUGACACUUGCAUCUCUCGCCGCCCGAAGAUCAAAUUGCAUGCGGCGACAAGUUGGCUGUGUCUUAGUCCGAAACAAACGAAUCCUUGCCACAGGCUACAAUGGCACGCCGAGGAACAUCAAGAACUGUGCAGAAGGUGGGUGUCCCAGGUGUAACGGUACUGGAGCUACCGGACUGUCUGGAGGUGCAGAUCUGAGUACUUGUCUCUGCAUUCAUGCAGAGGAGAACGCUUUGCUCGAGGCUGGGCGGGAACGUGUGGGCGAUGGAGGAGUGUUAUAUUGCAAUACAUGCCCUUGCUUGACAUGUACAAUCAAGAUCGUGCAGGUGGGCAUCACGGAGGUCGUCUACAGUCAGAGCUACUACAUGGACGCCGAAGCGGCCAAGAUCUUUCAGGAGGCUGGCGUGAAGUUGAGGCAAUUCAGUCCGCCGAAGGAGGGUUUGGUGGACUUGGAUCGGCAGUGGGAGGACUUGGUAAAGACUGGCAGAUCACCGAGACGGACAGGGAGGUUGGGCAAUGUGGAAAGUUGGACGCAUGGAGUAUUCACUGUGGAAGAUGGAGGGGAGGCUGCGGCUCCGAAAACGAAUGGCGUAGCGCAUGCACAACAUGACUGA